GUCAACAUACAGAAGCUCAGUGGAAAUUUAGCUCUAAACAAAUCAUAAACACAAUGACAAUGAAGAGGACUUUGUUGUCGCUAAUUGCACUCCUGGGACUAUUUAGAAUUUGUCAGUGUUUGGGAAAACAAGACUAUGUGGUAAGCAACGAUCAAAUAAUACCCAUGGAGGUUGAGGGUGAAAUGUUAAUUGAUUUCAGCCAUUUGGAAACUGUGGGACGACAACAUCUUGUCAACGGCUCCUUGAUAAUUCUGGAAGACAUGGAUGAUGAUAAUUUCGGAUUUACCGUUGAAAUGUAUACAAGUCCCAAUGGUGAUGGUGACUACAAAAAAAUGGCCAUGGACGUACCAAUGACUCAAGUUUGUGAGGGUUUUAAGAAAUUCUACAAGGAAUUCGUACAGCCUUCCUUUACGUAUGGCGAAAACAGCAAUAUACCCUAUAUCGGUGACGAUGGCCUGUGUCCUAUACCGGCUGGGGAAUAUUAUUUCACAGAAAUUGAAUUCAAUACCGAUGCUUGGCCCAAUCAAAUGCCCCGGGGAACUUUAAAGGUUGUUGUAACAUUUUACAAGGGUGACGAUGUUGUCGGAGGUAUGACAGGAUUAUUGAAAAUUGAAGAUGAUACAAGAUAAAAUGUUAUUAAUGUGGUUGAUAAUUUAUAAUGCUAACAAAACGAAAUUAUUAAA